UUGACACCUAUAUUACUAUUUUAUACCGAUUCAAAUAUGUAUUCAAGUUUUUACUAAAAGAAGAAAUCAUUAAACCAAAAAAUGUCUCCUAAAAAAAUUAAUAAAACAAAUAACAAUUAUUUUCCCGCAAGCAAUUCAACAGAGAACGAUGUAGACCCCUUAGUCACAGACUCGGAAGUCACAAACUCUCUACGACAAGAAUUGAGGGAAGCCAUUAAUACCAUGGGCCCAGAUACACCCCAGUAUUUCAGCGAAAGAAUAUCCGAAUUAGAGGGAAGUUUGGAUCUUGAAAAUCUUCCAAAACCUAAUGCCACGUAUAAUAUAGUAGAAUGCAAGCCGGCACAGGCUGAAUUGGAAGAGCUAUACAAAAACAAUUUAGGGCCUACAACUGACGAAUCGCAGUCGGAAGUGGACGUUGAAAAUGUGGAAACUUCAAAAAGUUACACCGAAGAUGUGCCCAUUAUCGUUUGCCCCAAAGAUGGUCACGCAAGUGACAAAAAGACCGAGGGAAAAAUAAUGAACAGGUGCCACUGUUUAAAUGAGAAUUUUGUGACUAUAAGAAGAGACCCUGCUCCCCAACAAAAUAGAAGAUCUUCCAGACUGGACAGGCACUCUAUCACCAAAUGGUUCAAAAAUCGAGGUUCUUUCUCAAAGAAAGCCAACGAGAAUCAAAAGGAACCGCCAGAAUUCUAUAAGAUGUGUGUUACCGAGGCCGAUGAUGAUCACAGCCCUCCGAGAAAAUUGGUGUUUAAUUUGAUCGACGAAUUGCCGAAGCCCAAGUGCGUAACAGUUGGCGUUAAUACUAGACCACACGUCUGCCAGUCGAAAGAAGACAAAGAACGCAAGAACCACAAGGCUAAAAGUUACAUCGAGGGGGAAAAAGACUUCGAAGAUUGCAAUAUGGUCAAUCAGCGGAAUCAAGCUAUUCACCACAAUAUCAAAGGAUGCCGCUGCGGUAUACCGGCUAGAGUGGACGUUUAUUAUUUCGACCACGGAAACGCAUCAUAUUUGAGGACCACGGAUAAUCCGCCUUUAAUUAGGUCAGAAAUUGUGGCCGAUCAAUCGGAAGAAUGCAAUAUUAAGUUUUGGGGUGAAAUAUUCGGUACGGUGCAUAUUGGAACGUCUUUCGUUACUUCAUUCAUACUGCAACUUUUCAGAUUCCUGUUACACAGCAUCUUAAGACCGUUGACUAUUGGACUCCUACAGAUAACAUCCGAUUAUUUCUUCAAGCCUUGUCUCGCCACCUUCUUCAAUGCAAUCAUACAACCUCCCUUAAUUUGCUGUUAUAACGUGGCAACAUCCUUGAGAGACAUAUGUGAUCCGAUAGCCGAAGGCCUUGGAUAUUUCAUCAGAGAAAUAUCUAUUCUAUUCAGGUCUUGUAGGUUGAUUGAUGUGAGGACUUCUAAGCCUUGCGAUCAUGCACGCAUGCAGAAUAAUUGUUGAAUUCUGAAGAAGAAAUAUUUGAAGUAUUCUUACAUAUUCAGCAGAUUUUAACUUAUACAGUUAAAACUAGUAUUAUAGUUUUAAGCCGAAAUGUAACUCAACUUUUAUAUACAUAUAAAUGAACAUUAUAAUCUUAUUCAAUAA